UAGACUGGAUUUGGUCACAUGGCACAUUGAGGAAAAAUUUGGAAACAACAUACAGGAUUUGUUUGGAUAGAAAUGAUUCACUGAAAAAACACCCGUCAAAACUAGUUUACUUCCCUUGUUUUCAGUAUAAAUCUACUAGGAGUACUCAAAACAAAAUGGAGAAAAUUAUUUAAUUAGAUUUAAGAAAAAUAAUCUGAUUAAGAUGUCAUUAAUUUGCAGUGUGACCUCACAUGGAUUAUUUCGUGGAUCAAUUUUGGGGAAAAAAAAUACAUGGGAGCUGCUUGGAGAAACUUCAAUGGACUUCUUGGGAAGCAUUCGACGUAAAAGAGGAGGGCUCACUGUCAAGGAGGCCUCAGCAGACUUGUGAAAAGAGGCGGCCCGAUCACUUCAACCCAGCAGUGGCCCGUCCAGCUCUACCAAGAGAGCGCGAAGAACCCGCAGGAGUGCGAGCGACAACGGGGGUCACCGAGGCGUUCUGUCCUCACGCCAUCAAGAGGAUCCUGGUUGAUUUUUUUUCAAGUGCAGUCAUGGACCAGCCGGCCAGCAGCUGCAUGAGGAGCGCGCACCCUAGCAGCCCUAUCUGGGGAUGCAUGAGGAACCCCCAUUCGGGUGUCCCGGGCUCCAACCUGCAGUCACCCUACCAGCAGGCAUCUUUCUCUCUGCACCAGAAGCCCGAGUUCUUGGCCUACACGGAAUUCUCCGGUUCUUGCCUAGUGCCGCACGCCGCCGCGUACCCCCGCGAUGACAGACUCUAUCCGGACAGCCAGGGGGGCUACCAGAGACCCGACUGGCACGUCAACCCCUGCGAGGCGCGAGGCCGGGUCCCUGAAGCCUGCCCGCCGGUGGUUCCACCCUCUAACACGGGGGAGGGCGCGGGGCCCGAGCUGGACAAUGUCGGGGCCGAGCGGCUGCCGGGGGCCGUGCCCUCGUGCCCCGAGGGGGAAUAUUCGCCCCAGAGCGUGGCGUCGGCAGACUCUGACAAGAAGAGCGGAGGCAAGAGGAAGAGAGAUGCCACAGACACGCCGGAGUCGGUCUGCAAAGCGGACGCCAAUUGCAAGGCCCGAAAGGAGCGUACGGCCUUCACCAAAGAGCAGCUGAGGGAGUUGGAGGCCGAGUUCACCCACCACAACUACUUGACCAGGCUGCGCCGCUAUGAGAUCGCCGUUAACCUGGACCUCACAGAGAGACAGGUGAAAGUUUGGUUCCAAAACCGGCGGAUGAAAUGGAAGCGCGUGAAAGGCGGACAGUCGUCGUCGCCCAAUGACCUGGAGAACGACGACAUGGACUCAGCCGCCUCGCCCAGCUCUGACUGAGAGGCCGGAGGAAGAGUAGUGAGAAGGAAGGUGGGAGGCGAGCAGGAAAAUGGGAUGUAGCCAGAAAGGGAACGCUGGUCAAAUCUUGCCUCUCUGCGAAGGAAUCCAACAAUUCCGAAGACUUUUUUUUUUUUUAAUGUGUGUUCCCAGGAAGAGAUGAGAGCAGUUUGUGUGCUUUUCCAAUGUACAUAGUUGAUUUAUGUCCACUAUGAUCCCUGCUUUGUUUGUGAUCCAUCCAUCUUGAAUAUUGCAAGAGGCCUCCUAGAUAUGGAAGACUGGACGUCCAAACCCUGUCAUCGCUUUUUAUCACGUGACUUCAACCAGCUGCAGAGACUCACUUUCCCCUUUAAAUAUAUAUAUAUAUAUAUGUUUGUGCAUAUUUUUUCUUCUCCAUUUCAUUUUUUUCAUACUGUUGGAAAGUUAACAAUAAAAACAGAU